AUGUGGGUUGUGAACCAAAGAGAUACGUCGUCUCGAGGUGGACUCCAAAUUAUGAUGGAGAACAUUCACUCCAAGACCUACUACGAGCCUAAAGAAUACACGAGAAGACGAUACCAGGUAAACGAUCGCAAGAAGAUGAACAAGAUAACGAUAACGCUCACACCAAGGCCCACGUGUAAACAUUGUUGGAAGGGUGCGGGAGUGCAGGGAACAGAUGGAUAUACGGAGAGGUGGCAUGUCGCAUUUACGAGCUGCGAUAGGGUCGUGAGGGAUGGGAGAAGGAGGGCACGGGAGUACGGGGAGCGGAUGGAUAUGCUACGGAAAGGCGGCAUUUCGCAUGGAGAAGUUGGGAGAGGUCAUGAGCUGUGGAAAGGCAACGAAAAAUGGAAAUACGUUGUCUCGAUGUUGGAAACGAGUAAAAGCGACGUCUUGCACUCACUAUGGAUGGAUAAACAGAACCAGGACACGUUAAACGACGAGAUUAGACUUCAAUGUUUCGCAAUACUUCCAAAGACGGGAUUGAACACCUACGUGAAGAUUAAAGGACGGAAUCGCGAAAACCAACGUCGCCUGAGGACGGGUAUACACUAUGGACAGCGAGCGCUUCGUGUUUACGAGUGGGAUAGGGUUGUGAGAGAUAAAUGUGCUCGAGGUACUACGCACCUCGAGCACUUGCCGUAA